AUAAAACGCCACCGUUGGUCCUCUCUCUCUCUCUCUGUCUCUCACACACUCUAACUUGCGGCAAGAAUGUACUCAAGUUCAGGUGACAGUAACGGAUACCACCAAGACAACAAGCAGCAACUCGGGAUGAGUCAAAGAGACCGAGUUAGAAGAGUACGCGCCAAGUCACGUGAUGGAUAUGGUGAGGAACAAAAGGUCACUCCUUGUACCGAGUUUGACAAGGCUUACUUUAACUCUUAUGCUCAUGUUGGUAUCCAUGAAGAGAUGAUUAAGGAUCAUGUGCGGACAAACACUUAUAGGGAUGCAAUCUUUCACCAUCAGAGUUUGAUUGAAGGCAAGGUUGUCGUGGAUGUUGGUUGUGGCACUGGAAUUCUUUCUAUUUUUUGUGCUCAGGCUGGUGCAAAACGGGUAUAUGCAGUUGAUGCAAGUGAUAUUGCUGUGCAGGCAAAUGAAGUUGUGAAGGCGAACAAUUUAUCAGACAAGGUCAUUGUAUUACAUGGACGAGUUGAGGAUGUUGAAAUUGAUGAGGAGGUUGAUGUAAUAAUUUCAGAAUGGAUGGGCUACAUGCUUUUGUAUGAGAGCAUGCUGGGAAGUGUCAUCACUGCCAGAGAUCGCUGGCUAAAGCAUGGAGGCCUUAUUCUUCCUUCAAAUGCAACUUUGUACAUGGCACCUGUCACACAUCCAGACAGAUACCGUGAAAGCAUUGAGUUUUGGCGAAAUGUUUAUGGAAUCGAUAUGUCUGCCAUGUUGCCCUUAGCAAAACAGUGUGCAUUUGAAGAGCCGUCUGUGGAAACAAUAUCAGGUGAAAAUGUAUUGACAUGGCCACAUGUGGUUAAGCAUGUGGAUUGCUAUACGAUUACAAUUGAUGAACUAGAAUCUGUCACAACGACAUACAAAUUCAGGUCAAUGAUGAGAGCUCCAUUUCAUGGGUUUGCGUUUUGGUUCGACGUUGAAUUUGGUGGGCCUGCAGCUUCUCCGAUCAAUCCUCGAGCACCAGUCCUACCAACUGCACCAUCAAACAAUUCUCCAAUGGAUGGUAGUCAGAGGAAGAAAAGGACAAAUCCAAAUGAGGCACUUGUGCUAUCCACUGCACCCGAGGACCCUCCAACACAUUGGCAACAGACUUUGAUAUACUUCUACGACCCAAUAGAUGUGGAGCAAGAUCAACUCAUUGAAGGCUCAGCAACACUAACACAAAGCAAAGAAAACCGUCGAUUCAUGAAUAUUAACCUACGAUACUCUUCUGGCGGGCGGUCCUUUGUAAAGGAGUCUGUGAUGAGGUGAUUUUCUUAAGAGUGUUUACAGGUUUGAUGAGUCCCAAUAGUUCAUUCCUGGGUAAGAUAAUUCCAAGCCUUCCGAGUUAGUGCGUGGCACAACUUAAAGCUCUCGUCUGCAGAACCUGGCAGACUUUCUUCUUCAAAGGGAGCUCCUCAAUUGACUAUGCAGAUUCAUGAAUUUUUAAGAAUUUCUACCUUCAGGACAUGGAGAUGAAACUUACUGUAAACACAAAUAUAGGUGAGCUGAUUUACAAAAAUUCAUUUAAGACUGUUCUUGGGAUGCGGGCUGUGUAAGAAGAGCAGGCAAUGUCAUUGUUGUAUUUUUACCCA